AUGGAUGGUAUACAGGGAGUAUGUUGGAGCAAAUGUAAUCCAAAAACCUCGAAGCCUAUUAAGGAAGAAUGGGAAGCGGGCGAUCUAUGGUGCUGGCUUAAGAAUGACCAGACAGGGGCCUUCUGUAAUAAUAACGGAGACUGUUCAGCAGAUCUAGAGUGUCAGCCAAGUAGCUGGGCCAAGGGAGGAUGUUCGGCAAGCACGCCAAUUGCCGCUCAGCUACUUUCGCUUCAUGCUAACGGGACAUCUGCUGGACCUCUUGGCCUCCACCCUGACUCAUACUAA